UUUUCGUUUGGAAAACAUGGUGUGAAGAAAGUUUAAACUGAAGAAUACCUAAGGUGGACUCACGCUGUUUUCUUUCAGGGCACCACCACCACCACCACCACCCCACUGCCUCAGCAAACGGAAGAAACACAAACAACUCUUGCCGCUCAUUCUACCAUACUCAAGUUCAAGUCUUUGCCUCUCCAUUAGUGCAGAAAAUAAAGAGUUCAUGGAUAAGGGAGCUGUUUUCAUUCUUCCAUGUAGUUCUACUGUUUCGUUGUUAAACCUAGUGGAAGGACAUAAGGAAGGACUGAGAAAUUUAGAGUGAGCAUAUUGUGUUGUGUUUGGAGUAGAGCACAUGUGGUAUACGGCAAGGUAUGCAAUUCCUGAAACUUCCUCGCCUUCUUAUGCCACAUAUGAGGAGGAUACAUCUACAUUCGCAGCCAUCGCCAUCGCAAAGCACUUACAGAUUUUGUGGUAUUGAUGAUGCUGUGGCUUUGUUUCAUCGCAUGGUUGAUAUGCAUCCCCUGCCAUCGAUUGUGGAAUUCACCAAAAUCUUAGGAAUGAUUGUGAAGAUGAAAUACUAUACGACAGCUAUUAAACUAUAUAACCUAAUGGAAUCUAAGGGUGUUGUGCCGUUUACUGUCACUUUUAACAUUUUGAUCAACUGUUUCUGCCACAUGGGUCGGAUGAAUUUUGCAUUCUCUGUAAUGGGUAAGAUUCUUAAGUGGGGUUGUCAACCAAAUGUUGUGACUUUUACUACGCUGAUAAAGGGGUUGUGUCUUAAUGAUAUGAUGCUGGAUGCACUACACAUUUACGAUAUGGUUGCACGAAGGAAUCUGUUUGAUGAUGUUCUCCACGGAACCUUUAUCAAUGGGCUGUGUAAGAGUAAGAUGGGAAACACAGGAGCUGCCAUUCAACUGCUUCGGGGACAGGUGGCUAAGCCCAAUAUUGUAAUGUACAAUACAGUUAUCCAUGUUUUGUGCAAAGAUGGACAUAUAAAUGAGGCACGUGUUUUGUGUUCCAAAAUGAUCGUUCAGGGAAUUUGCCCAGAUAUUUUCACUUUUAGUUCAUUAAUUUAUGGUUUGUGUCGUGCAGGCCAACGGAAAGAAGUUAGAUCUUUGCUGAAUGGGUAUUGUUUAAACAAUAAAGUGGAUGAGGCAAGAGAGUUAUUUAAUUUGAUGAUUGAAAGAGGUGAACAUGACAUUAUUAGUUACAAUAUUUUGAUGAAUGGAUAUUGUUUAAACAAUAAAGUUGGUGAGGCAAAAAAAUUAUUUCAUAGGAUGAUUGAAAGAGGUGAACAACCUGACAUUACUACUUAUACUAUUUUGAUGCAUGGGUAUUGUUUGAUUGAUAGAGUGGAAGAGGCAAGAGAAUUAUUUCAUGGGAUGAUUGAAAGGGGUUUGGUGCCUGAUGUUUGGAGCUAUAACAUCUUGAUUAAAGGUUAUUGCAAGAUUGAAAGAGUGGGUGAAGCUAAGAGAUUACUUGAACAUAUGCGUCUUACGAAUUUAGUUCCAAAUAUUAUAACUUACAAUAUCUUGUUAGAAUCUUUAUGUAGUAGUGAGCAUGUUGACAAGGCAAUUGCAUUUUUUAAACAUCUCAUCAUUGAAAGACGUUUUGCCCCUAAUGUUUGGAGUUACAACAUCUUGAUUAGUGGCUGUUGCAAGAAUAGAAGAUUGGAUGAAGCCAUGAAUCUUUUUAAUGAAAUGUGUUUCAAGAAUUUGGUUCCAGAUAUUAUGACCUACAACAUCUUGAUUAGUGGCUGUUGCAAGAAUAGAAGAUUGGAUGAAGCCAUGAAUCUUUUUAAUCAAAUGUGUUUCAAGAAUUUGGUUCCAGAUAUUAUGACCUACAACAUCUUGAUUAGUGGCUGUUGCAAGAAUAGAAGAUUGGAUGAAGCCAGGAAUCUUUUUAAUCAAAUGCGUUUCGAAAAUUUGGUUCCAGAUAUUGUGACCUACAAUAUUUUGUUAGAUGCUUUAUGCAACGUGAAGCAACUUGACAAGGCAAUUGCACUAUUAAAAUAUCAAAUUGAUCAGGAUAUUAGUCCAAAUUUGCGCACAUACAAUAUACUUAUAAAUGGGUUGCACAAAAGUGGGAGGCCAAAGACUGCACGGAAGAUUUUCCAGUAUCUUUUCAUUAGAGGCUAUCAUCCAGAUGUCCUAACCUAUAUAAUAAAUGAACUUUGUAAAGGUGGAUUUUUAGAAUAAAGACUUGCCUUACUUAUACAAUAAAAGGAAGGCAAUCGGUUCCCUUCGGAUAUCGGAGUCAGUUAUUCAUCUGCUUUGGAGAAAAAUGUGGGAAUGAUGAAGCUGAGGAAGCUUUUUUGACAAAUGAUCACUACAUGUGUGGAAAACAAGAACAUCUUUCGGGAAACAUGGCAAAGGAAAAAGGUUGUUUGAUGUAUAUUUCUUUGACAAUUUCUAGGCCUUCCCUGAUUGCAAUAUACAUCUUUGCGUUCACUGGUUGUGAUUUAUGAAAGUUUACUGAGUGGAAAUGCUGCUUGCAGUCACUAGGGCACCCUGUUCCAGGGAACUGCUCCCCCUUUUUUCCGACUGCCUUCAAUUUCGACUCCAGGCAUUGACAGUGUCAUCGGGGCAACAGCUAGAGAAGUUGCUCCGGCUGCUUUAUAUUCACUGCUCCUUCAAGCUUUUCAAGGUGCCAUCGAAGGAAAGCUACAAGAAUUUUUUUUAUUUUCUGCGAAAAACGGGUAAAGGGAGACCAUAACAGGCACGAGAGAAAAAAAUAUUAAAAGGGAUCUGCAAAUAAUAUUCAUAUGAAUUUGGUUUUUUCCCGAGUCUGGUGGCUUCAUCUAAUCUAUGUAGCUGACCAUACUUAAUGGUAUGGGGCCAUUGUUGUCAUGCAUGAUGAAGAGAAUUCUUGGGCAGCUAUAACAUCUUGAUUAACAUCCCAAAGUACAUCUUGAUUAUAGCUUCCUUCCACCAUAAUCUCUUCCAUUCCUCUUUCCUCCUUAUUCAGGGUCUUCAUUGAAGUGAAUUCUAAUAAAAAGAAAAAAAAAUAAGGAAGAGUGAAGAAAGGGAGAUAUAUAUGGUUUUCAUUGACUUGAAGGCUUUGAAAAAGAAAGGACUUUGCAUUUAUAGCCCAUACACCAAGGAAAUUCGAAAGAGGAAAAUGAUCGCAUGGAUAAAGUGUAGCACAAGAUGAGAAGAAAAGAUAACUAUCUAAGAAGUGUGUUUUUAGUUUGUAAAGCUGAUUUCAUUGUUCAGAAAUGAUUUAUAACCUGUUCUAAAUGGAUAACCCAAAUAGA